CGUCGGCCUUUCCCGUGAGCUGGCGGGCCGGGGACCCCUUCCGGUCGGCGACCCUCCCCCGCGUCCGCUGAGCCCCGGAGGAGGGCUGGACACCUGCUGCUGCUCCUUCCCCUCACACCCGCUGCCUCUCCUCACGUCUGCCUGCACUGUCGGGGCGGGGGGCCCCGCUCGGUUCCCUUUUGCAAACUCCAGAACCUUCCGAUCUCCGCUAGUUCCUCCUGGCCCCUGCCGGUUCUCCUAGGUACCCUCAACCCGCUCCCGACCGGGGCCUGCGGGCCCUGCCAGCCCGCCCCGCUGUCCUCCCGUGUCCACCCUGGUCUUCUGCCUCUCACCGCCCCCCCUUCUCGCCCUCUGGAACCCCUCCUCAGCAGGGGCCCGUGGGUGCCCCCCUGCCGCAGGAUGUGAGCCCCUCUAGCCUGUAAUGCGGUGGCUGGCCCUCGGCCCCUUCUGUGCCAUGGAGACCCAGGUGCUGGUGAUUCGCAUCAAGAUUCCGAACAGUGGCGCGGUGGACUGGACCGUGCACGCCGGGCCGCAGCUGCUCUUCAGGGACGUGCUGGAUGUGAUAGGCCAGGUUCUACCUGAAGCAACAACUACAGCAUUUGAAUGGUACUUUCUGUAUUAUUCCACAGUAAUGGAACAGCAAGUGAAUGGACAGCUAAUAGAGCCACUGCAGAUAUUUCCAAGAGCCUGCAAGCCUCCUGGGGAACGGAACAUACAUGGCCUGAAGGUGAAUACCCGGGCUGGACCCUCCCAGCACACUAGCCCAGCAGUCUCAGAUUCACUUCCAAACAGUAGCCUAAAGAAGUCAUCUGCUGAACUGAAAAAAAUCUUAGCUAAUGGUCAGAUGAAUGAACAAGACAUACGGUAUCGAGACACCCUUGGUCAUGGCAACGGAGGCACAGUCUACAAAGCCUAUCAUGUCCCGAGUGGGAAAAUAUUAGCUGUAAAGGUUAUACUAUUAGACAUUACACUGGAACUUCAGAAACAAAUUAUGUCUGAAUUGGAAAUUCUUUACAAGUGUGACUCAUCAUAUAUCAUAGGAUUUUAUGGGGCAUUUUUUGUAGAAAACAGGAUUUCAAUAUGUACAGAAUUCAUGGAUGGGGGAUCUUUGGAUGUAUAUAGAAAAAUUCCAGAGCAUGUCCUUGGAAGAAUUGCAGUAGCAGUCGUUAAAGGACUUACGUAUUUGUGGAGUUUAAAGAUUUUGCACAGAGAUGUGAAGCCCUCCAAUAUGCUUGUAAACACCAGAGGACAGGUCAAGUUGUGUGACUUUGGAGUGAGCACUCAGCUGGUGAAUUCUAUAGCCAAGACGUAUGUUGGAACAAAUGCUUACAUGGCGCCUGAAAGAAUUUCAGGGGAGCAGUAUGGAAUCCAUUCUGAUGUCUGGAGCUUAGGGAUCUCUUUCAUGGAGCUUGCUCUUGGGAGGUUUCCAUAUCCUCAGAUUCAGAAAAACCAGGGAUCUUUAAUGCCUCUACAGCUUCUGCAGUGCAUUGUUGAUGAGGAUUCGCCUGUCCUUCCGGUUGGAGAGUUCUCUGAGCCAUUUGUACAUUUCAUCACUCAGUGCAUGAGAAAACAGCCCAAAGAAAGGCCAGCACCUGAGGAAUUGAUGGGCCACCCGUUCAUCGUGCAGUUCAACGAUGGAAAUGCAGCCGUGGUGUCCAUGUGGGUGUGCCGGGCACUGGAGGAGAGACGGAGCCAGCAGGGGCCCCGGGAAGCCUCCGUGGGGCGCUGACCACUCAGGACCACUUGCUAAGAAACAGCCCACCUGGGGCUCCUCUUCGUUGCCUGCUUCAGAAGAGCUUUGCUGGCCCAGCCUCCUGCUCCUGUCUGAGAUGGCCCUACCUGAGAAAAGCCCUCAAAGGGCCAGCCCCUCCAAGCAAGCCCUCAGUCCUGGUCUGGAGGCAGUGAGAACGGAGGCUCCCGUGGCCUCACACCCCUUGUUUAUCUAACACUUCCUUGUAAAGGUCAAGCCCUUCAGCAGCACUGAUGGGAAUAAAAGUAUUACUCUUUUGGGA